AUGUUUCAGGAAAACAAUGAGGAGGAGAUUUCUCAGGCCAUCGACGAGCUCAGCGAGCAGCAGAGAACCAUGGUUGAGGCGGUCAGUUUCGUCCAACGUCUUCUUUUUUGAAUAUGGAAAAAAUUUAGGUCCUGAAACGGGCGGCCGAAUCUCGUCGAGGGGCGCGGGUCGUCAUCGACGCCAAUCAACUCGCCCAAAUGUCACGGAGACGGGCCGCCUUUCGAGGUAUGUCCUGUGACGUAGGAUUUGCUCUUUCUUGUAGGAUGUAUGCCGAAAUGACCGCAGAAACACCUGAAAACGGAUUCUAGACUGACAUGAAAAAUAGCCCCCAUAAAAUAGCCAUUAAAAAGCUAUUGUGCUCCAUGGCUAAAGUUUUUUUUUUGAGUUCCUCUUUUUGUCAUACUUGGACCUCGGUAACGCCAAUCGGACGCAAUCCGAUCUAGUGACCCCUUUAGCGACGUUAGCGCUUUUAAGUGAUUACUUGGUAUUCUUAGAAACGUCUGGGGUGAUUUGUUACCGAGGACCGAGUAGAAAACGUAAAUUUUAUUGUCAGCCUUUGAAUUAUAGUUGGAGCGCAUUUCGAGUUUUUCUGUGCUUUCUAUUCUCGGCCUUUCAUUUCUAUGAAUAUUUGGUUUCUUCACAUCAACUUUUUUUUUUAUCAAUAUAUUCAUUUCAGAAGGCACCGGAUCGAUAGAAAUCGAGCAUCGGCUGUCUUUAGUCCAAAUGGACUCCAUACCCGAAAGUAUGACUUUUUUGAAAUUUAUCCUCUCAUUGAACAUCUUCCAGACGUCGUGACCUGUGACCUUUCGAAUGAACCUCCUUCCACCGCAAGACAGCCUCCAGAAGAGCAAAGUGAGUUUUUUUUUGUAAUUGUGACAUUUUUGUAGCAAUUCCUUCAUCAAGACUUUUUUGAAAAUUCUCUGUUUCUUUGAAUUUAGUGAAAGCCUGGUUGUGAGUGGACUAUUUCAUAAAAAUGUAAAAAAAACUCCUCUUUAUCUCUAAUGUCUCUCCUCUCUUUAUCUCUCUCGACGACACUUUCUUAAUUCUUUGACGAAUCUGGCUUCUCUGCGCCCUCUUUUCUCUCGCCGAAGAGGUGAGAGAAAUGAGAUUGCCGCUCAGAGUAUAUCAAGACUUGUGUGGACUCAUCAGAGUGUUUAUUUAUCGAAUUUUAUCGCUAGAUAGAUUUCUGAACUUGACUUUACCGAUUUUCCCCCAUAUUAAUUUUUGUUCAGAGUCGCUGAGGGGAAAGCUACAAAAGAUGAAGUCUCACCUGACCGCUUGGUUCAAUUCUCUUGACUAUGACGGAGAUUAUGCCGAGUUCCUACAACCUAUUGGUGACGGUGAGCUCCAACUUGUUAAAAAAAAAAGGUUAUGAAAAAUUCAGGAACCCCAACCCCAGAGCUGUGCAGCCUGACGAUGACGUACAUCAACACUCUGAGUGAGGCAAUCCUCGUCGCUGCGCACAUUUCCCUCUGCCAGAGGAUGUUGGCCAACUCGGAAAAGUUCCAAAAACUAUGCGAGGAGCUCUGCAAGUCCAUCUUCGAGCUCGCCUACAAAGACUUGGAAAGAGCAAAUGUCGACGUCGGAAGACGUGGUCUCAUCGACGAAUUCUGCGCCCAAAUCGCCGACGACGCCCUACAAGCCAUCUACUACUCCUACAUUUUGCGGACACUUCCCGAACGCGUUCCCAGCGUCGAACGUCUCUGCGAAAUCCACAAAUCCAAGUCGUUUGAAAAUGCCGUUAAACUGGACGAGAUGCUUUCCAGCGAGGACGAGGAGGAAGAAAGAAGAUAUGAUGACGGUGAGUGUUUUUCAAAAAAAAAAAAAAUUAUUUCCUAAAACGGUCUUAAUCGGAGUUCCUCUAUUUUUUUCUAAAGUACUUGGGGGAGGGUAA